AGCCUGCCAGGCUCGGUGCCAGAUAACGGAGACUUGGGAGUUUUUUUUUUUCUCUUUUACACUCUUGAGUGUUAUCAUAGCGCGUGUCUUUCCUCGCCGUCACACCCCCCUUAAGUCAGCAUGGUUGCUCUCUCCUCUCAUCUCCUUUCUCCUCCUUUCCUCUCCUCUCUGUGGAUACUUGCUCCUCCAACUUGGGAACAAACUUUCCUCCAACUGUUGCGGUCUCAAACAUCCACGGUGCAGAUGUUUCCAGUCUGACCUCCUCCUUCGUCCUGCCUGGUAAGUCUGAAUGGCUCGUAAUACUGAGAGACGCUUUAAUACAGUCUUUUACAACUGAUCCGAUUCUAGGAAGCAUGUGCAAUAAACGAAAAUAUGACUUUCUUUCUGUGAGAAGUAGCUGAGAUUGUAGUUUGCGACAGUAGCUACCUUGAGAGCUGAUACCUGAAAGUUACGCCUUAUAAAGAGACGCUAAACUAUAACAGACAGUAACAAGCCUGAACACUUUGUUAUAUUAUCCGUAAGCGUUUUUAAUGUUGUCACUCAAUGCCAUGGAUGCUGGGACACAGUGUUCUAUAAAUUUGUUGGUACCCUCAUGCUCCCUUACAUAAGACCCAGACACUCCCCCUUCUUCAGACGGAUUAUAAAUCGAUGGGAAUUUUCGUUCGAGAAAAUCGCUUUAAAUUGGUCAAUGCAAAGUUUUCCCUGGAAAAAUUGUACCUUAAAAUAAUGUGAAACAUAUUGUGACUUUGCUCCAAGCCAGCCGAAAUAAUCCAGUUUUCAGUGCUCAUGAUAUGUUGAGGUCUUGUAAUUAUAGGGAAGAAAAGCAGAGGGUGAUUCAUGCUCUUCGGCUCGAUUUUACUGUAAAUUUGCUGAUUCAAAUCCUCGCAACACAAGAAGAUUCUUGCAGAUGACAGUGGGGGAAAAAGGGUUUCACAGUCAUAUCAUAGACUUAAAGUUUUCUCCUCUGUAAAGCUUAAGUUUGAAGUUUUUCUGUGCAACUCUGAUUCACAUAUCACUUAACCUAUUAUGAUUUAUUGCCUGUUGAGUCGUCAAAAUUUGAUCCAUGCUACUUUUUCAGGAUGUCUGAACCAUGGGAGGGGAGUCAAAAGAGAUGAAGAAGAUGGGGAUGGACUUGGUGCACAUACAUUCAUUGAAUGAAGGACCAAAUCACUCGAAGCAACUUUUGUGCCCUGUAGUAUGCCUGAUCAGCUUGUUGGAGUGAUUUUGUGCAAUGCUGCAGAGAGACAGAAGGACAAUUUCCCCAGUCCUGCAGAGUAAUCUGCAAACCCCCGAUUUCUACAGAUUCUGCGUUUGAAUCUGGACCCAAAAGCAGUCUUAACUGCAGCGCCCUCUUUCUCAUGCAUUUCCUGUUCAGUCAUUAACUAAUAUCAGCGUCUCCAGAUGAUGAUGAGAAAGAUGGUGACGAUAAGGAGGCUCCUCCAUAUGAAGGGAGAUGUGAUGUGCACCAUGCUGCUACUUAUGCUGUUCUGUCUGCUGCUUUAUGCUCGCCAGGUAAGGACAGAUCCAAGAAUUCUUGCUAAUGCUGAGAUGAGAUAAAGUAAACUUGCCCCUUCUUCCAUGAAUGCUACCCGUGUUUCUAGGUCUUAAUCUCUUCAGGAUGGGACAGACCCAUGUGGAAGCUGGACAUCCACGGCUCUACCAGCUCCAGCAGGACCCUGCUUGGGGCCAGUGGGGCCAAAAGAAGCCAGGAGUCUCCAGAGGUAUGAUCAGUUUAAAGCUAUGAUACUGGGUCUAUACCUGCAUCUCAGUACUAGGAUCAAGUCAUCUUUGUUUUAUGACAACCUGUUUUAGGCACAAUCAUAGUAGGUGCUUAAUGCUUGAUUUUAAUUGGUCAAAAUUCUUAGUAUUAAAAGGUGCAAUGGUUGCAGCUCUAAUCUCAGACUUCAGCUGAUUACUUUGAUUAUUCCAAACUAAAUGACAGAUUAAAGAAUGAAAGAUUAAAUGACUCAUCCUGACAUGAGUUUGCUCAUGGUGGGGAAAAGAAAAGAGAGGUAAACAGUAGAGAGAAGGAAGUAGAGGUAAAGUCAUGAAGAUGUCAGGUUAUGAUGUUAGAAUAUGUUUACCCAGAGAUGGACACAUGUACCAGAACACUUUAUAGGAUACAUUUGUGUCCAAACACGGAUGAAUGGACAGAAAAAAUGUCACAGACCCUGAUAGAGACAGAAAAAGGUCUACAGUGCUCUCACUUAUGCAGUCUGGUUUCACAUUGUUUAGCUGGAAAUGUUGAAAUGUUAAUUUUAAUGCACAUGAAACUGCUAAUUAAACCUAUUUUAGGACAUGUGAAGUUUGUUGUGAGUAAUAAGAGAUAAAGUUGCCUGAUUUCAAGAAGGCUGCAGUUACUUGUUAACUGUAUACAAAUAUCCCAUUGUGAAAGAAACAUUUUAACUGAUGAAAUAUCAUUUUAGAUCAAUUUGAUCAUUUCUAGAUUAAAGCUAUGAUUUUUUUUUCUUUUUUUUUACUAAAUAAAGCAUGAUAAAACCAGGAUAAUGUCUAGUGAGUUUGUUUUGCUGUAUCAGAAUCAAUCCUUAUCUCUUCCUAGAAAGAUGUAAGUUAAAACUUUGAAUGUGAUGUGUAUCCUUUGCUAUUACAACUGCAAAACUAUAAGACAAAAACUCACAGUUCACCUUCACUUUAAUGUAUUUCUUAUUGUUUUGCGACACCUUCUAUUAUACAGUGCUGGAGCAUUUUGGGCUUCAGUGUCUUCCCUAUGCAUCAUUUGGCAUAUGAACGGUGAUGACUUAGAUGCUCCGCUCCAAAAAGAUGACUUUGUUGUUUACUGCUUCAGUCUGUGGAGUACAUAUCAGCUAAGGACAAAGAAAUCCCCCCUGAGUGAUAGUCGAGAUGGUGAACGAGAUACUAAGUGUGGUAACCCCUGUAUUUGAUUAAAAGCUUAAGUGUGCACUGUGCAGGAAUAGUUUAGUCUUUCUUUUACUUGCAGCCAUUGUUCAUCUUUAAGAGAUAAGUGUGAAAAUCUCUGAUGUGCAUUUGACAUGAAAAUCAAUUCCAACCCAGUUUGAACAAAUAUGGAUGUAAUUUGAAUCAGCUCUGAGUCUGUGUCAUGAAACAGGACUUAGAAUGUGUAGACACAAAGACACGACACCACUCCAGUAGGUCUAAAAGACUCAGGUUCAAUGAAUCAAGCAGAGGUCGGUACAUGGUAAAUCAGUCAGCGAAGGCAGAGGUAUCCAAAAAGGGCUGAAGCAAAAAAAAGCAAGGUAAAAAAAAAAAGCAAGGAGCUAUACACGACAUGACUAUGACUAUGAAUGUUAGAACAAAGACAGAAGAGUGCAGCAAUCUGGUGACAAGACAGUGAAACACGUGAGGUUUAAUACAAGAGGUAAUGAGGGUGAUGAGAAACAGGUGGGGAGUCAAGAUCAGGCAACAAGUGUGACAAGACAAGACGGGGGCAGGGCAGACCAGACAGGAAGAAAUCAAGAAGACAGAAACAAGGGUUGGUGGACUACAAAAUAAAACAGGAAAGACACGACAAGAAACAAAACAUGAACGUGCCAAAAUAAAGGAAACCUAACUAACACACACAUACUGAAAUAAAAAAGGAAACUUAACCGACAUGACGGUCUGAUCCUCUAACUCACUGUUUUUCAGGAUGACUCUUUCUCAAUCAAAAUCCUGAAUCAUAAAACUAAGCUUAAAAUCCUCAGGAUAUGAUGCUCAUUGUACUCAUGGAGACAAUGUUGAGGUUAAUAUACAAGACGCAUCCAAACACUGUACAGUUUAUGUUGUACAAGGUAUGAAUAUUUAUGCUGCAUAUGUCUAGUGCAUCUGUGUUUGCACACACACACACACACACACACACACACACACACAGAAUGUCUCAUUUGUUUUAACAGAUCAUUAGUCCACUGAUUCACAGAUGGUCUAACACAUGCUGUACUUAAGCAGGAGGAGAUCAACAAGAAGCACUAUGAACUGAAAUCAUGAUGUUGUUUAAAGAUUUUCAUAUACAUAUCAUGUUCUGAGGAUUUCUUCCUUCCUUUGUUUCAUUUGACUUUUUUCUGAUCAACAGUUCCCAUCCAGCUCACCAGGGCCACAGCUUCCUCACUGUAAGCCCCAGCUAAAGGCUAAACCUCCUCAGGCCAAGUCCAAAUCUCAGGUCAAGUCCAAGGGGAAAUCCAAGUCGCGACGGAAAAGCGUUGCGCCAACUAAGGGUGUUAGAAAGCUGCUGCCCACAUUGCCGCCAUUUGACUUUGAGACCUAUCUGAGAGAAAAGGACAAAAGAGACUUCAAUCUGCUCAUCGAUCAGCCAGAGAAAUGUCUCAUCGGAGGAGCAAAGGAGGAAGAGAGAGGAGGAGGAGGAGGAGGGGCAAGUGAAGGGGCCACUGCUCCCUACAUGCUCAUCGCAGUGAAAUCUGUUGCUGCAGAUUUUGAUAAACGUCAGGUAAAUUAAGUCAUGUCUAUAGGUCUUUGUAACUCUAUUAUGUAUUACUUUUGUAAAAUUCCUGGUUUGGUCAGCACAGCUUUUCAGAGAAGUUGGAGCUCAUAGCCGAAAAGUUUAUGCUACUAUGCUAAAUACUGACACAUUGAAGGAAUGAUCCUGAAGGUCUCUUUACUUAGGACAUACCUAUUUACUGAAAAACUUGAAAGACUUUUUCUCAGUUUUUUUAUUGUGGUUCAGCAGCAGCAGCAGCUGUGUUUACAGCGCUCAUAAACCCAAUGUACAGAAAAGAGAUGCAUUUAAUGAGUAUAGAAACAGGGUUCACUCAGGAGGCGGGGAACACUAAACUCGAGCUGAUAGAAGAUUGGAAAUUGGACCUACUACCCCCUAGUGGACAAACAUCAAUUAAAUAAAUAGUAUUCUUUUAAGUCACUGUUUUGUGAAGAAAUGACUCUGUAUCUUUCUCCUUUUCUUUCUAGGUGGUACGCCGGACCUGGGGCAGAGAGGGUCUUUACCAAAAUGGUGUGUCCAUCCGUACUGUUUUUCUGCUGGGCGUCCCCAGGAAUCGAACUUCACUACCGCUGUGGGAUCGACUUUUGACUUAUGAAAGUCAAACCUUCAGGGAUAUUCUGCUCUGGGACUUUGACGACACCUUCUUUAACCUGACGCUGAAGGAAACACAUUUUCUGAAGUGGAUUAACAGCAGCUGUCCUGAUGUCAAGUAAGUGUUCAUACCAUAGACUCAAAAUAAAAUGGACACCGUCUGCCUCCUGGGUGAAACCACCGUGAGAACAGCACCCUCUGGUGACGAGCUGCAGUAUAGGUCAUAAAUCCCACCUUCUCCAGCAAUCCCUAUGGAGCUGUAGACAAACUUUAGAAAUUUAUUACACAGAAUAUACAUUUUUCUCCCCCCGGUUGCCAUGUUGACAUAUAGUUACUGUAGGACUGGUUUGUGCUCAAGUCCUGUUUCUUCUGUGCAGUUCCGUUUUUUUUAAGUUAUUAAGGGUUCUUGUUUUCUAUGAUUGACACUUGAUACAGUCUAUGGGUGUACAAAGAUUGCAUAGCUCACCCAGGGGAUACACAGUUUGAGCCGAACAUCAUCACUAGGGCCUGAUCAAUAUAUGGAUUUUUUGGGGCCGAUGCUGAUACUGAUUAUUAGGGGGGAAAAAAAUCUGAUUAGCGAUUAAUUGGACAAUUUUUUUUAAAAAUUAUGAAGUUAUAAAGAAUACUUCUAUACAGGAUACUAUAUACUGUAGAUAUACUGUAGGCUACUGCUCUUCACACCAACAGAAAGACCGGCUGAUCAACCUCGGACCAGAAAAGCAUUUUUAACUACCCCCCCGCCGCCAAUCAGUGCCUUCGCGUCUUAAGUCAUGUUAUUCAUUUCCUGUCUGGUCUCAUCUGGAGACAUGCAGCUGCCUCAGUAGGAGAAGUAGCUCGAUCACGUAAUGUGUACUGUUGUUAAUUCAACCGUUACUGGCACGGCUAACAGUGUAGCAAGGCUAAUAACAGAUGGCUAACUCUAACUUUAGCUUGCAUGUUACAUGGUGCUUCACCGCUAACUCGGCGUGACCGAGACCAGCACAGCGGAGAACAUCGUGAAGUGGGUUGAACUGAAACUUGUUGACUUAUUGUGUAUUUCACAAAUUGGUUUAUUUACCGUUGAGGCGGACCAUUCUCCUCCGUGCGUCCCUGAGCUGCCUGCUUCAGAUCCAUCACUCUGCUGUGCUGUGAGGUAGUUAGUGGAUGAAGAUUGUCAUGAGGUCGCUGUGCCAUCUACAGGAUAAGCAGGGGAACUUUUCAGAUGGUUGAACAUUUUUGAAUUGAAACUGAAUCUUAUUCUCCACAUUUUAUUUCUGAAAAUAUCGGCCAUAAUCAACGAAUAUUGGCCGAUUAUCGAUGAGUCUCAAACGGGCUAAAAUUGGCCGAAUUAAUCAGCUCACUGAUAAAUCGGUCGGGCCCACUCUUGGCCACUCUCCCGCCAAAUGUUACCACGCAAGUGGAGAAAAUCCCGGAAGUACUUCGAGCAAUUGGGCUUUAAAUUCGUAUAAUGACGGAAGGCGGAGCCAAGUUGUUCAUAGUAUAUAUACAGUCUAUGGUUCAUACUGUGUAAUCAAGAGCUGGUCUGACUGGAAGCUAAAAGUGACUCAGAUCUGUUUUUUCCCUCAUACAGGUUCAUCUUCAAAGGUGACGCAGAUGUGUACGUUAACAUUGAGAAUAUUCUGGAGAUGCUUCAGGGUCAAAAGCAUGAUGAGGAUCUGUUUGUUGGUGAUAUCAUAUUUAAUGCUAAACCCAUUCGGCGGCGUAGUUCCAAGUACUAUGUGCCAGAGUUUGUUUAUGGAGGGGGUCUGUACCCUAGCUAUGCUGGAGGCGGAGGGUUUGUCAUGUCAGGACUUACUGCUCGGAAACUCAGCAUGUCCUGUCAACAGGUACGUCAGACUCUAACAAUUUGGAUGCUUUAUGAUGUGUCUUCCAGGUUCUCUGAUCUAAUAUCUUUGUUUUUUUUUUUCACUUAAAGGUUGAGUUGUUUCCUAUAGAUGACGUCUUUCUGGGAAUGUGCCUCCAGAUAAUCGGGGUCAAGCCGUCACGCCACCAAGGGUUUAGGACUUUUGGAAUCCCGAGACCAUCUGCAGCGCCCCACCUGCAGACAUUUGACCCAUGUUUUUACAGAGAACUCAUGGUUGUUCACAGCCUCUCUGUCCCCCAGAUCUGGCUCAUGUGGAACCUCCUGCAUGACCCCAAUCUGAGCUGCCAUAAUAGGACCAGUCCCACAUCCUGGCCUUUUAAGUGGAAGGAGAAAAUAAAAGAAAAUGAGGACCAAGGUGUGGAUUACGAAGGGAAGCAGGUGUUUGUCACGCAUUAGGGACUCUCUGCAGGGAUCUGCGCGAGCUCUUGUGAGCACAGAAUGAUUAGAAAGCAGGAUCUAUGGCCAACUUGAAAGGCUUGUGAUGUGUUCAAAAGCACAGCUGAGUCAUAUGAGACUUUAUCCAAGCUGGCAGAUCAUCUUUGGGGAAAUGAACUGGCAAAGGCCAAAUCUGCAUCAGAUUUUUCUGAGAGGAAACCCAAAGAGAGUUCAGGCUUUUGCCAAGUACGCCCAUCUGUGCUCUAGUCUGUGUUUGGGAUCAACCGUGCGGCAAGUCCUUGAUUUGCAAAGAUGAAUGCAUGAUGAGUUGACUCUCACUGGACUCUUGGAUGUUUUAUCCUCAGAAUGUAUCGUGUUGUAAUUGUUUACACAGAGAUUUACCUACAGUAGCUCGACCUGGACUAAAAGAUUAAAUGUGGUUAGCUGGUUUAACCUCAUCCAUGCAUGAAUGUAUACCUGCGUAACUGAGACCACAGCAUUGUCAAUAAUGUGACUUUCUUUGGACUGAGCGGACACCCAGGACUGAUAAUGGCUGUGUGUGCUGAAUGAGUGGAAAGACUGCAGGGACUUUGUGUCCUCGCCGUGAAUCACUUGCAGAGAUGCACCUCACUGUGUAAUGCUGGAUAAAGGCACAAACGGUCUGUCCUAUUAUCUGCUCCCCGGAGGGAAAGAAGAAAAAGCCGAAAUGGAAACCAGCCGCACAUUAGGAACCAGCUGGGACCACAGCACUCCCACAUACUCACAGAAACAAGACAUCUGUUGAGAGUUUGUGAAAAAGCAUGGUAUACGAGGUGUCAGGCAUGUGCUCUUUCAUGCGAACACUUCGGCUUUAAUCACAAGAAUCAUGUUUUGAUUUGGCAUUUAUCACAACCUAGUUCCUACAGAUUUGAGUUUUACGUCUUUUUGACAGAACAACAGGGUCACAGUUUUGGACGGAUGCAAACUUCCGUGCCGUCUGGAAAGAACUUGCAGUGCUGCUUCUGACUAACAAAGGCUUACCACACAGAUUCAAUACUUUAGUCAUAAUGGAGAAAUCUGUGCCAGGAAAACAUCAGUCUGACUGUGAAGGAGCAAAAGCAUCUUUGAAGGGAUAUUCCAGCAUAAAUUUAAGUCAUGGUCAAACACACCGUAACACAGGGUUAGACACACCCUCAGGAGAUGAAUGUAGCUGACUGCUUGCUUCUCUAGUUAUACCAAUUUUAGUAACGACCACAUGAAAGCAAUCAAUCACCACGUGCAGCGGAGUUUCACAGCUCAAGGAAGAACAUUUAUGAUUAUUAAUUAAUUCAGAGCAAGACGCUAAGGCAGAAAAACUACCUCGUCUGCAGUGCAAAAUUAUUAAUAGGAUGAUUAUUACUUUAAGGAAAUGUUACGCUGCACUCGUUGAUCGACUCGUCAGGGCUGCCCCCACAAACAAGCGGCUGCUGGAGGAGAGUGGGUGAGUUGUGUUUGGUCUCUUUGCUAAAGAAAUCAGACAAAGCUAAAAAGAUGUUUGAUGGCUAGUGCUGUGGCUGGGACCCUAUAUGUACUGUUGGUGAAGUUAGGUGCUGUUCUGAGCAUUAUUUGUGGCUAUAGAGUGGCUCUUUGGUUGAGGUUUGUGCAUAGAGACGUAGACUGCUGUGUAUUGCCAUCAUGCGGUCGUUACUAAA